AUGAAAACAAACAUCUUAAUUCUAAUAUUUUCUUGUUUAUUCGGUGCCUUUCUCACUUUUCGAACACAAUCCGUGGCAGUGAAAGGGAAAUUGAUGUGCGGAAGUGAGCCGGCAAAGGGAAUUCUCGUGAAAUUGAUCGACGAUGAUGGAUUUAAUGUGCCUGAUCCCGAUGACAAUAUGGGACAAACGAAAACAUCUAAUGAUGGAUCAUUUUCCCUUAAUGGUUCCACCGCCGAACUCUCAUCAAUAGAGCCAGAGUUAAAAAUCUAUCAUGAUUGCAAUGAUGAGCAUAAGCCGUGCCUUCGCCGUUGGCUGAUCCGUAUCCCUUCUCGAUACAUUUCCGACGGUGAAAAUCCGCAACAAGUGAUGGAUUUGGGCACACUCAAUCUCGAAAAAAACUUUAUUAUGAAACUUUUGCUAUUUUGCGUGCUUCCAUUGCUGAUGGCACGACCGGAAACGGCAAAAAAAACCUCGGGCACACAAAGUAUUUCCGUAAAAGGUGUGCUUCGUUGUGGCUCAAAACCGGCGAAGGGUGUUCUCAUCAAAUUGAUCGAUGAGGAUUUCGGACAAGACACAGAUGAUAUGCUUGGACGUGUGCACACCGAUGAGAAUGGAACUUUUGAGUUAAAGGGUCACACGACUGAAUUCACGGCUAUUGACACAUCGCUGAGUAUUUAUCAUGAUUGCAAUGAUGGGAAUACGCCUUGCCAGCGUAGAUGGCGCUUCGAGAUCCCGAGCAAGUACAUUUCAACCGGGGAAACGCCGAAAAAGACAUUUGACAUAGGCACGUGGAAUCUCGAGGCAAUUCUUCCCAGAGAAAAACACGAUUGUGAUCAU